CACGGCGCCGGCUCGUAACCGGUCCAAGCUUCCUUGACAUUAUCCCAAGACUCCGAUCAACCAGUCCGGCUUGGUGCGCAGCCCCGGACGGCGGCCUGAGGUCGGCUUGAUGACGGGCUACUCGACGGUGGCAUCUGCCAGUGCGUCGGGAACCGUCGCCGACGUCGCCAUGGCGCAUCAACGCCGAACCCGAAGCCCCAAGGUGGCCGGUGGGCACGCCUCGAUGAUGAGCAGCAACAUCAACCUGCUGAACACGAUCAUCGGUGCUGGAACGCUUGCCAUGCCCUUGGCCAUGUCCCACUUCGGUGCCAUGCUCGGGGUUUUCCUGAUCCUGUGGUGCGGCCUCACCUCGGCCUUUGGACUCUACCUCCAGGCGCGCUGCGCUCGCUACCUCGACAGGGGAUCGUCUUCCUUCUUCGCGCUCUCGCAGAUCACGUACCCGAAUGCUGCUGUGGUCUUUGAUGCGGCCAUUGCCAUCAAGUGCUUUGGAGUCGGCGUCUCGUACAUGAUUAUUAUCGGCGAUCUCAUGCCGGGCGUAGCUGAAGCCUUCGGCAGCGCAGACAUGGGGUGGCCCUUCCUGGACGACCGCAAGUUCUGGAUCACCGCCUUCUUCCUGCUCUUCAUCAUACCACUGAGCUUUCCGAGGAGGCUAGAUUCGCUCAAGUACACAAGCGUGGUGGCCCUGCUUGCGAUCGGCUAUCUCAUCAUCCUCGUAGUCUACCACUUUAGCGUGGACGAGCUUCCGAACAAGGGAAAUAUUCGCGUCAUCACCUGGGAGGGGCCCGUGGCUGCGCUGAGUAGCUUGCCCGUUGUUAUUUUCGCCUACACCUGCCAUCAAAACAUGUUCUCCAUCCUGAAUGAGAUCAAGGACAACUCACCCGGCAGCAUCGUCGCCGUCAUCGGCACUAGCAUUGGCACUGCCGCCUCCGUCUACAUCCUGGUCGCCAUCACCGGCUAUCUCACCUUCGGCAGCGACGUGAAGGGAAACAUCGUCGGCAUGUACCCCCCGUCUGUUGCCUCGACCAUCGCCAAGGCUGCCAUAGUCGCCCUGGUGACCUUCAGCAUCCCUCUCCAGAUCCACCCCUGCCGCGCAUCCAUCGACGCGGUGCUGCGCUGGCGCCCCAUCAGCAGCCAGCGGCCGCAGAGUGUGUUGAGCGCCGCCUCGGGCAGCCAACCUCUGCUGCCGUCCAGCAGCGCGCCCGCCCUCGUCGACAGCCACGGCGCCCCCGUCGUGGCCAUGUCGGAGCUGCGCUUCGCCCUCAUCACCAGCGGCAUCCUUGCCCUGAGCUACCUCACCGCGCUGAACGUGUCCAGCCUCGACCGCGUGCUCGCCUACGUCGGCAGCACCGGCUCGACCGCCAUCUCCUUCAUCCUGCCCGGCCUGUUCUACUACAAGAUCAGCGACCCGGACAGCAUCUACCACCAGCGUCUGUCCAAGGAGGACGACGACGUCGACUUGGAUGCCGACAGCGACGACGACGCUGGCGGCGGUGUCCUGGACCGCGACGACGACGACGAGCCCGGCCUGCGCGGCAGCGUCGCCAGCCUGCGGUCGGUGCGGUCGGGCGCGAGCGCGGCCAGCUCGCGCUCGCGCUCGUCGCGCUGGCGCUGGCGCUGGCGGAGGAAGUGGCGCUGGGACCUGGAGCACCUCGAGACCGGCCUGCUGCGGAGGCUGUCGCUUUGCCUGUCCGUGUACGGCGUGUGUGUCAUGUGCGUGUGCCUGGUCAUGAAUUCGGUUUUUGCGCAUUGAAGAAAGACAAGAGUUGAGAGCUGGCGGAGAAGAGUCGGGGAGAGAUGGAGAAGAGAGACGGGUUAGAUGGCAGAACUUUUGAUUUGAUGAUUUGACUUAUAUCUGUGGUUCCGCUUGAAUGGCGCAUAGCCUGACAUGUUACUAGACAUUAUUUCACAGUUACAUC